GAUAUGUCGUUGGAAUCGUCUCAUGCUACUUUGACGACACUCGUGCUAUGGGCAUGUUUAAGUUUCAGCCUGGCUUCGGAACGCCCACUUGCAGAAAGCACCACAACCGUGUUGCUGCCUAUGAAAUAUUUUAAAUCUAGGGCGGACACGUAUCAGGCAAUAUCGGGCAUAUCUAAAGAAUCGAAAGAUACGAAGAACCAGGUUGUUCGUGCAACGGGAAACAACAGGUCACCUGGUUCGGUCGCAGUCAAUUUUCAUCGAUUGCCACCGUCACCGGCGAAUUUGCUGAAACCCGAUGGAUUUCAAUUUUACACGUACAACGAGAGAGGCGAUAUGAUCACGAGGCAAAUGACUAUGCAAGAGAUUCAAGCUUUAAUCGCGAGUGGAGGUCCGGAUCAUUCUAACAUGGAGAUUCAAGAGCCCCAAAAAGCUGAGGAUAUACUUACGGGAGGAAAGAAGGUUAUGGACGUGGUGGAAAAAGUGCAAAGCGUACUGAAAAGCGCUAUGGAUAAACCGUUAUCGACGCUCUCUGGCUCGCACCCGAUGAUCCCAGAAAACGUAAACGUCGAGUGGAGCAAUAUUUUACCAGCUAUUUUAGCCGGUGACAAAUACGGAAAUAAGGUCGAAGAAAGCCACUACGUUGAAAAGCCAACAUCGAAACCGUCGUCAUCUGCCAGCUAUGUCAUACACAAACAGAAUGAUUCGGUUUCCGAUUCGCUCAAGCCUGACAUAAGUGAAACGGUUGCACAGGCGAAACCCGACGAUACUAACAAAUACACAAACGAACGAAACGAGCAAACCAAGAAGAACGGAACGCUGCCGACAAUUGCUACGAAACCUACGACUAUCUCUUAUACGGAGAAAUUAAUGAUCCCGGUAUCUGUCAUCACGACUGAGCAAAAUGUCGAAUUGAUGGCUCACAAUCGUUAUACCACUCAGAGUUCCAUUUUGCAUAAGGUGACUGGAGCGUCACCGUUGUCAGAAAGUACUACUACUUACGGAUCUAACGUUCGGGACGAAGAAAACCUGGCGUCCACAAGUGCUAUUACAAAACCAACAACCAUCGGCGUUUCUGUUUCAUCGACCAUAGGCGAGUCCAUCAAAAACGGUCACGAUAACAUCGGUCUAACGACGAGUGAAACGUUAGAGGCAAAAUAUAACACAUCGCACAUCGAUGAAACUGUUACCGAUCAGACCGAUUCGUUGGUAACACAAACGAAGACGAAACCAACGACCGAUAUUUCGAGCCAGGAAUACGAUAAAGUUCCAUUGAAAACGCAGACACCGUCCAUGAUGGAAGCGAAUCAAGUUCAAGACACUAAGGAACCGUUUAGCAAAUUGCCAUCGCAGUCUUCUCCACCGUUUACCAAACCGCCGUUACAAUUUUCUGUAUCUUUUACGAAAUUGCCACCGCAGUCUUCUGUAUCGUCCACGAGUACUCCUGCAAGUACAAAUAAAUAUAGAACAACAACAUUGGUACCAUCGACGACGAUACACGACACAGUAACCAAACCAAGUGAUCGCUUAAGCGAGCCGAUCGAGCCUCCAAAAUCUUCUCCAUCUAUGGAGCUGGUGAAUUCUUUAUCAAACGUGAUCAGUCAAAUCUCCAACGACGUUUCUCCCGUGUUAUCUUCCUCUUUCGGGUUCCAGUCGAUUCCCAGCGAAAACGAGGGAAAACGUAAUGACAGUUCUGAAAUUACAACGCAUCCUUCCACGACCAACGAUAACCGACUAGAAAAUGCGAAUAAUACGUCCGAAGAACGUAUACAGGAAUCGUCUAGCGAAAUGACGAUGAAGUUCGAUCCUGAUCACGAGAAGAUUUCUUCCAUUACUAUAUCCGCGCCGAUUGUAUCGACGAGUACGACAGAGCUCGAUAAAACGGCAAACGUUUCGGAUAUUUCGACGAAAUCUGAUAGCAUACACGUAUCGAGUGUUCAGACAAAUGCGACAGAGCCAACGACGAAUAUUAACGAGACACCGGUUACUAGUUCCAACUUUUUACAAGCGAUAGCGCUUAUCGAGAAUAUGCUUCAUACCGCCUCACCUGCAACGAAUAGACCCGUUAUCGAGUCAAUCACCUUGCCGACCGAUUUAUCGGAGAAUUUGUUACCUAACACUGUAGCAAGCUCGCUCAUCGCUGAUUCUUAUUUAUCCAAUUCGAAGACAAACGAAACACAAGCUGUAUUCAAGGAGACAACAGUGUCAUCUCCUGAGAAGCUCAACUCAACAGAGACUGUUACGUCAAAUUCGGAGUUGUCUACAUCGGUUAACGAGGAUAGCACGAAUGAUACAACGAAGAAAGGGUCGACAAACGAGAAUGAAAUUUAUCGAACGUCGACAACAAAGGACGAUCUGUUUACCGACCAGCAGAAAAUUGAAUCUUCGCUAUUAAAAAACGAACUGUCCACCGCUUCGGAAACUACGACAGCUUCGGUAGCGUCAUCUAUCCUUGAUGCUACUGUAAAAACUACCGUCGCGGAUGGAAUGUCAACUUCCUUCGCGAAUAACGCGUUUAACGAACAGACAUCGACUUACGAGACGACAAUAUCGAGUAACGAGGCUUCGACAAGUACGAACACAGGAACCAUAAUUGCGAAUGCUGAAAAUAUUACCGAGGGAGCAUCGCAGAACAAUGAUAAAACUUCUACAACAUACCUGGAAUACACGACAGAAACGUCGUCAGAACAAGACAAACAAACAUUUACGUAUCAAACCGUGAUAGAUGAAUUGUCGAAGAACUUGAGCGAAUCUAGCACGGUCAUCGCAAAUUUGUCUAACGCAGAGGAGCAUCCAGUGGAGAGUUCGACAGACAAAAUCGUACUGCAAAGUCCUUUAAAGAAAACUGAAGAGCAGACGAAGAAUGAUACGGUUCACACGAUCGUGAACCAACAGAAGAUCAACAUUUCGGAAAACACGACCAUGAACCAACACGAAACUGACAUCUUGAACAACGCAACUAUGAAUGAACAUAAAAUUAAUAUUUUGAACGACACAACCGCGAACCAACACAAAAUUAACUUUUUGAACAGCACAGCGGUAAACCAACAUAAAAUGAACAUUUUGAACAACGCAACCGCGAAUCAGCAUAAAACGAACAUUUUGAACAACGCAACCGCGAAUCAGCAUAAAACGAACAUUUUGAACAACGCAACCGCGAAUCAGCAUAAAACGAACAUUUUGAACAACGCAACCGCGAAUCAGCAUAAAACGAACAUUUUGAACAACGCAACCGCGAAUCAGCAUAAAACGAACAUUUUGAACAACACAACCGUGAGUCAACAUAAAACGAACAUUUUGAGCAACGCAACCGUGAGUCAACAUAAAACGAACAUUUUGAGCAACGCAACCGCGAAUCAGCAUAAAACGAACAUUUUGAACAACGCAACCGUGAACCAACAAAAAAUUAACAUUGCGAAUAACACAAUCGCGAGCCAACAUAAAAUGAACAUUUUGAAUAACACAGAUGUGAACGAACUUAAUAUUUUAAAUAUUAAUAAAAUUAAUAUUUUGACUAAUACACCCGAGAAUCAACAUAAGAUCGAUAUUUUGAACAACACAACCACGACACCUCUCAGCGAUACGAAAUCUUCCGUUGUCUCGUCUACUCCUGGAUCGAUAACCACUGCUCUAAAUUCUAUCACGGAGGAAUCAAACGAGAUCAAAGGUAGUACGAUGAAUUCGGUAGAUUGGAACAGAUCGGAGAACAAAACAAAAAUUCCCAUUGAAAUAUAUUCGUACAAGAGUAAUGUCAGUAUGAAUAACUCAAUAGGAACGCAGUUGUUGGGAGCCGCAAGUAAAUUACACAAUAACGAGUCGCACAUAAAUCAGAAGAUGAAUGAUUCGCCAAGUUCGACGUUACAGAGCAAAACGAAUAACACGAGCAUAAAUCAGCACACGUGGCAGCGGAUAUCGUUGCACCAAGUAAUUCCAUCGUCGACGGAAUUCAUCACGGGAUCUACCACGUCGACGAAACACUUCGAGGCAUCGACAUCGACAAUGUCGACGAUAGUGGACGCGAGUUCGACAAAAUAUCCCUCAAAUUAUCAAUCGACUCCCGUGAACAAAGCGGAAUCGACUGUUUCCCUAAAUGCCUCGAAAAGCGUCGGCGGAUUGGAUACUAGCACGAGCAACGCGAGUGCCGAUAUUAUCAAUUUUUCGAGGCUUUGUAACGAACUAGCAAUUAAGUUUUGGGUCGCGGCGAACAGCGGAUUGAGUACUGGAAGAUCGCUCGUUCUUUCACCGUUUGGCAUGACUAGCCUGUUGGCGAUGAUCUUCCUCGGUGCUCGAGGAUCAACGUCAGACCAGAUGAACGAAAUACUUGGACUCGACAAUGUGGCCACUUUCAACCCGCAUCUUAUUUUCCAGAACGUAACGGACACGGUGAGCUUGGCGAGGCACCAAGGUAUCGCGAACGCGGCGUUUGUCCGCGAAUUAUUUGCGGAUAAAGCUAAGGUGAGAAGAUUGUUGCCGUUCUAUAAGGAGCAAGCUCAACAAUUUUACGAAGGAUUGGUGACCGAAGUAAAUUUCGCUACUAUCAGUGAUCUCGUGCGUCGCCGAACCAAUCUAUUGAUUAGGAAACAGACUGGAGGUAGAAUAAAGGAUUUCGUGAAGAGCAACACGGUUCCUCUAAGAUCACCGCUGGCUACAAUUUCAGCAAAUGUGUUUCAGACGGAUUGCAACACAAGUUCCGCGAGUACAACAGGUCGAGACGGGGAAUUAUACUUCGCUGUCUCAGCUGCUCAUAGAUUGAGGAAGUUGAUCCCCGUUCCGGCUACCGUUUGGCGAUCGAACGUUCUUGCCGGUUAUGAGCCCAGUUUGGAUGCGACUGUUAGUGCUAUCGGAAGUGUGGAUAAGCUCGUUUCGACCAUAUUUCUCGUACCAGGUCAACAAGGUCAUGCUGCACCCGGCGAUACUUUGGAUCGACUCGAACAAAGGUUUAUCAAAGAAGCUUUUCAAGAUGGAGCUUGGGAUAAGCUGCUGAAGGUUCUUAUACCUAGACCGAGCCUGGAAUUACAAGUACCCAAAUUUAGUCAUCGGUCCAUUGUGAACGCUACUGCUGCUUUGAAGAGGAUGGGACUCGAUCAGCUGUUUUCGACUAACGCUGACUUCAAAGGGAUCAAUGGAAUUGGAAAUCGUCUCUUCUUGUCCGACGUUUUACAGAUGAAUCUAUUCAGUACGUGCGGCGAUGAAAACAUCGCUAAUGGACGACAUCACAUGGAAAUUUAUCCAGCAAGUCCUACUUUACGAAAUUCUCGACACAUCGACGAACAAACAUUCCGUAGAAUAAGACGGACAGUCAAUAUGGAGCCGGCAAACUAUCGUACAGUUUCGUUCAAGGAACGAAUGAGAACUGUAGAAAGAUCAGAAGAGAAACCGAGAUUGAAAUUGGACCAGCCGUUCCUUUAUUUCGUACGGCACAAUCCAACGGGUCUCAUACUUCAUAUAGGCCGUUUCAAUCCUAGGUUAAUAUAAAAUUAGGACGUAAUGCUAGCUUCGUCUCUAUGUAAUACUUGUGUAGUUAACCUCGCGUAUUCUUAUAUACAUAUUCUUUCUUAUAUACAUAUGUAUAAUCGCAUUAGAUAUUUCACGCGAGUGUUGCCACAUUUAUUAUCUUUAACCCUUUAGCAGUGUAAUCUGAGAGAGAUUCAGGCAUGCCGUCGAAUAACGCAAUUAUUAAUAUUUAUUUCGUCCAAUGAAAAUCCGAACGUAUGUAUCUUUUUGUAUUUGAUAGAGUAAGGUAGGUCUAUUUGAUAUUUCAGUCAAGUGCGAAAUUCGGAUAUGAACAAUUUUUAAGCGAGUGUGUCACUUUAGUGUGUCAUUUUAGCUAAUCGUUAUUAGCUUAGUUUUAGUGUUUUUUUAUUUACAAUACGUUCAAUCGACUGAUUUAGGGGGACAAGAAUUCCAAUAUAAGUGACGAAUGUUAUAGCGUAAUGUUGCUUAUACUAUUUACUACAUACAGGAUGAUUUUAAAGUCGCGGUACGCCCGGGAAAGUAAGUUAAAUAUAUAUACAAUUGAUCUUUUUCGUAUGAGGGUUCGUUUUCGAGAAAACAAAAUUCGAAAGUUUAAGUAUACCUGCACUUCGAAAUCGUCCUGUAUAAUUAAUAUAAUAUCGUCGACGACGAUUUAAAUAAUAAUCUAUGAAGCAGUAUCACAAAUGCUCGUGUGUUACCAUCAGGAAACUUAGGAGUUUCAUAUCCAAAUCGCAAUUCCAAACUGAUCAUAUCCAAAAUGCAAUUUAACCAAGUUUGAGCAAUUCCUUUGUUGGCAAAAUUCUUGUAAAAUCUUCAUUGUCACGAUAUGCAUAUGUUUGCCAAAUCAUAUUCAUUAAAUUAAUUUAAAAUUAAUUCAGAAAAUGCUCUCGCAACGCGUUAUUAAUAUCAUUGUUCUCAUUAUGUAUAUAAUGUAUUCGAUUUUUAUUGCAUUGGAUACCUAACCCUCCUGCGCUCUUUAGGUUAUUUUCGACUGAAUCUUAUUUUUCUAUCGUUACAAAAAUUCUUAAGUGUGUAGGAAAUAAGAGACAAUCGUCGUUAACGUAUGUAAUUUCAAUGGUAUUCUAAUUAUUUUCUUAAAACAUUAAAAGCUCUUUUCCGAUUGAAACGAAAGCGACAUCAAGAUAUGAGAAACUCGAAGAUUGCAGCAGGGUUAACUUACGCGUCUAUGUUGAUAACGACAAUAACAAUUGUUUUAAAUGCAAAUUUAUUUUGUUCACUUGGAUUUCGUGCGCUAGGACAAAAUUAAAUACAAUGGAAAUUAUUUUUAAAAAUAAAAUCAUUCAGUUAAAAAGAAAUAUGUAUUACUUGA